UCCUACCUUACGCUAUACUCCUCUCAUCAGGUGCAGACUUAAUUCCCACUACAACCACAAUCAAACCAAACACCAAACAAAGACAAGAUGUUUCUCGCCUCCCUCCCCCCAAACACCCCUUUCACUCUCACCAUCAUCGGCACCCAACCCCACACCCCAGCGGCCCUCAUCACCACCCUCAAUGAGCUCCUCACCACCGCCCAAACCGACUCUCUCCUCACCCACACCGAAACCCUAACCCAGCACUCCCCGACCUCCAAUUCCACCUCCACCAUCCACCUCACCUACUGGCCCACCACCUCCUACCAAACCUGGUCCACCUCCCCAGCCGUAACCACCUUCUUCUCCACCCUCCCCGACACGGCCGGCAUCUACCGCGAAGCCCUGACCAUCCACCCGGACCGCAUCCAAGGCGCCUCCAACCACAACACGCCCUCAGGAUGCAUGCACAUGGGCAAGAUCGAACUACACCCGAAUCUAAGCGGAUACUGGGGAUGUUAUCCCGACCGAAUCGCCGAAAAGAACAUCACUUGUCCAUUCUCAACGGACCACAUCACCACCACCACCACCAAUGACCCCUCCCCCUCCUCAUCACCAGAGAAUACUAGCAAAAUAAUCCCCGGCAAAAAAACCCUAACCACCAUCCCCAACAACCUCUGCUUCGUAAUCGAAGGCCAAGACCACACCGCCGCCUCAGAGACCGAAAAAUCCUACUGGACCGAGAACUUCGACUCCCUAGCCCAAGAAUGGGUUUCUCAGGCCCUAGACGCGGGUGUCAAAAAGGGCGUUUUAUCCUCUAGAGCAUGCUAUAACCCUUCUGCCUCUUCCUCAUCCUCAUCCUCUUCCACCACACCCCAAAGAAACACCUACCCAUUAACCCUAACCCGAGACAUCCAACUCCUCUACUUCCUGGACCUCGACCACAUGGAGAACUUGGGGAGGACGAACGUGGCGCACGUGAAACUCCGCAAGUCGUUUAUGGAGGCGUAUGGGCCUGGAGGGGUGAUGUUUCCGGGCGGGUUGAAGUUGUGGGUUGAGACGGCGGUGUUGAGGGAUGGGGAUUUUGAGGCUGAGUAUGUGGGGUGUUUGGAGGGGACGGGGUUGAUGGGGUUGAAGUUUUGAGUUUUGAGUUUUGAG